UUGAACCUAGACACGAAGACGAGCGACUGCCACUCUCUCUUUAUUUUCGCAAAUGUCUGCUGCAGCGCCUCGAACAUCGGCGGCCAUUGCGGCCGCUGCCAACAUCAAUGCCGCCGAGCAAGCCGCUGCUGAGCAGCCCGCUGCGAGCACGCUCCCGCCGCUGACCGAAGACGAGGCGGCGGCACUGGGCCUCGACUCCGACACGAUCAACGCAAUCAGGCUGGAUGGUCUCGCACUGACAAAGAUCGUCAAGCACUCGAGGGAUGCCCACCCGAACGUUGCGCCCGGUGUGCUCCUGGGUCUCGAGAUCGACUCGGCGCUCGAGGUCAGCAACGUCUUUGCGCUUCCAAAGGGUAGCCUCGGAGGGGGUGGCAGCGGCGGCAACGACGAUGACGACGAGAACGACAAGGGCGCCAAGGCAGCUGCCCGCUACACGUCGCAGAUGGUGCGCCUGCUCCGAGACGUCAACGCUGACGCGAACCCCGUGGGCUUGUACCGGUCCUGCUUCCUUGGAAGCUUCCUUUCGACGUCCAUCGUUGAUGGCAUGGGCGCGAUCUCUGGGCUGAUGGAACGUGACAGUGCGAGCGGCAAAAAUAAGGGUGUUCUCCUGAUCCAUGACCUGGCCCAAUCGGCCAUUGGAAACACCGUCGUCAAGGCGUACCGCCUCUCUCCAUCCUUCAUCGACGCUCACCGACGCACAAAGUUUACGGCCCAGAACCUCAUCGACCACAAGCUCACCUUUUCCAACAUCCUCCAGGAGAUUCCCGUCUCGCUGCACAACACGGCGCUCCUCGACGCAUUCCUUGCCACGCUCUCGACCCCCGUGCCCCGAGGACCUGCGUUGCUGCCACCGACCAGCGCUCAGUUGCUCGCCCACCCUCCCACGGCACCCAUUACCCACCCACACUCCCUCCUUACCUUGGCUCAUACGCCUGUUCUUUCCUCGUCGCUCGAAGCAACACUCGAGGCCCUCGACGAACACUCCAACGAGGCUGGUGUCGUGGGCUACCAGAGCCGCCAGCUUGCGCGCGAGAGGACCCGGGCCGAUGCCUAUCUUGCACGCAAGAAGGCCGAGAACGCCGCACGAGAGGCGCAGGGUUUGGCUCCGCUUCCCAUCGAGGACGUCAACCGGCUGUUCAAGCUGCCGGCCGAGCCUAGCCGACUCGAGAGCACCAUGCUUCUCGGCCAGCUCGACGAGAGCAGCAAGACGCUCGCCGAGAUCAGCGCGCUGGCUGCUGUGCAGCUUCAUGCGGCCAGGACGGGUGCUGUCUGAUGGCCCCUUCUCGCUGCCCCCCUCAUUUCUCUCCCUCUCGUGUACAAUACCUCAACGAAAAAUUAAAUGAGCCUUAGGGAGACAGACACCGACCUAACUUUUACUGGACGCAAACGCUGUGUAUGAGCUGAGAGAGGAGGGGUCCCGCGACAUAUUCAUCAAGGCUUCUGGCCUUUUAAGAUCUUGGAAGCUCGCCUUUUUCUUUCUGCAGUAUGAAGAUCGGUCAGGUGAAGUGUCAAAAGUCGACGCCGAAGAGC